AUGGUUCUUCAUGAAUGGGUAUUACAUAUCCCUCAAACAUCACGGCAUUACUACACAUUUGAAAUAGACUUGUAUGACGGACCUUACUACAUGAAUGAAACUUUUUCCAAAUUGAUGCUCGAAGAACACAAUAAGCUUCGCGAGAUACACGGGGCACAAAAGUUACGCUGGUCAACCGAUAUGUUUGAAUUUGCCUCGCAGUACGCGUUAAAAUAUAACUGCUCGGGUAUCUUGGAACAUUCUGGUGCGAGAGUGGGAGAGAACUUGGCAUAUGGCUACUCGCCGCAAGAGGCGAUACAAGCUUGGUACGAGGAAGGGGAAACUUAUCCAUAUGGAACAGAGGAAGUUUACAAUCAUUUCACUGCUAUAGUAUGGAACAAUACUGAGAGCAUGGGAUGUGCAUAUAAACAGUGUGCUAAUGCUGGGUUGUACAUCACUUGCAACUAUGAUCCACCAGGAAAUGUAAUUAACCAUUCUUCUAGGAAUGUUUUCCCACCACUCAUAUAA